AAUUAGACAAUAAUUGCUUAACUUGUACAACUUUGGAUGAAUCCAUUUAAGUUUUUAAUUUUAAAUUUUUGGCAAAAAAAUAUUUAAAAAAUAAGUACAUAAUUUUGCUUUAACUUGGACGAUCUCUAUCUGCGUCGAGACUCUGAAGUAAGCUUCGGUCUCUCAUCUCAUUCCCUAUUCCUCUCUCUCUCUCUCUCUCUCUCCCUGUUCUCUUCUUGUCUACCAACAAGUUAGGGUUUUCUAUUUCAUGUAUUGCUUAAAUCAUUGAUUUGCACCCUUUAUACACAUAUAUGUGUGUAGAUAUAUAUGUAUUUCAAUCUUAUUUCAGUUUUGCUUAUAGAUUUUCUUAACACUCAAUAAUCACUCGAAAAUUGGUAUAUGUGUUUGUUCUUUGUUUCGUUACCCUCUGUUUGGUUACCUGGAAAACGAAGAAAAAAGAAGAGAAACACCAACAUGGUUGUCUUACUCACUCAUUUCGAAUGCUCACACACCACCUGUUUGAUAAUUUGCUCCUUCGAACUCUACACACAUCACGCCCAAUCCUUCCUCAGUUUCACUAUUUGUUCUAGUCCAUUAGCUGUUAAAUGAACUCUUCAUAGCUCUGCUCAACUGUCUUACCUGACCCAAAUGACACUAGUGUUCUUUAGAAGAGGACACCGAUGGUGAAUUCUUGUUUUCAAAGGGUAUUUGGGUUUUCUACGUGGGCAUCGAAUUUUCUUGAUUCUGAGAAUGGGGCAACUGAAUCAUGGUCGGUUCAUGACAAGGGAAUUGCUUCUGAAAAUGAUAGUAGUGGGCUUCACCUUUCGCCAUUGUUUUCGCACGGUAGAGCUCAUUUGGAGAAUUACAAAAUUGAGGUUGUAGAUGCAGAGGCCUGGCGGGUUUCCUCGGGCUUAGUUGAGGCUUGCAGAGGAAUGGACAGGGAAUCGGAAAGAAAGGGUUUGGUUGUGGAAACUGUAGAUGAGAUGGGUAGUUCUGCCCCAUCCAAUAAGGAUGACCCGGAUUUUGAUGAUAUUGAGGACAUGAGAAUCCGAGGACAUCUUUUCUAUAAGCUUGAUAGGGAUUCCAAAGAGUUUGAAGAACACAGUUUUGACUUCCAUCGCAAGAAAUCUUUGAAGAACGAGAGUGAUCGAAAAGAGAGCACAAAGAAGAAAAUUUCAAAUCCUGGAGUUGACAAAUCCUUGAAGACUAAAGAGGAACGAAAAGAAAGUAAAAAGAAAGAAAACCCGAUUUAUAAAUUGGCUUCUAGAAGUGAAGGACUUGCCAAACUUGUUAAAAAUGAGGCUUUUAUUUCUUCGCUUCAUGAAAACGACAGUUGUGGUGUUACGAAGAAAGUAAGGACUCUGACUUUCAACCAGCUUACUGCCCCUUACCACGAACCGUUUUGCUUGGAUAUUUACAUAUCAAAAGGAUCUGUCCGGGCCUGUAUUAUUCACCGGGCUACUAGUAAGGUUGUUGCUGUAGCACAUUCUAUUUCUAAGGACAUGAAAUUUGACCUAGCCUCGACAAAGAAUGCAACUGCUUGUACUGCUGUAGGGGAAGUUUUAGCUCAGAGAGCAUUGGCUGAUGAUAUCCACAAUGCAGUUUACACACCACGGAAAGGGGAGAAAUUGGAGGGGAAGCUUCAGAUUGUUCUUCAGGCUAUCACUGAUAAUGGUGUUAAUGUGAAGGUUAAGAUCAAGCGAAGAAAAGUAAAGAAAGCAUGGCAAUCAGCUACUGCUUAGGGCCAUUGUCAUCAUCCAAUUUGUCUGUUUGAUCAGGUCCAAGAACUUGCUGCAUUUCCAUAUUUCAUUUGAAAUUAUGGUUCUGAUUGUGUCAGUGCAAGCUAUUUAUCUGAAGUAGGUGGUGCAAAGUAGAAUUCAACAUGAAUGUUUUGCUGAGAAGUGGUUUUUUAUAGAACAAAGAGGAGCCUACGCUAUUUGCUUUCCAAGAAGACAUGAGAAGGGAAGAGCCUAUGCUGUAUUGUACGUGGAUUUUAAAUUUGUAAUGAAUGAAAUAAUUAAUAAAUUGAAAUCCCUUUUCCAACUUGUCAAUCGUAUGGUGUCAAU